AGGUAUUAUAAGUGGUGUGUUUGUUGAAGAGUAUUGUUGAUGUGAUGGAUUUUAAUUAUUGGGAAGGACAAAAAAUAUAUUUAUAAACAUGUCAAUUCCAGAGAGAAUGAUUCGUCAAGGAAGCAUAGAUGACAUUAAUGCACAACAAUAUCUAAAGAUUUCUAAUUAUGAAGACACUGUAAGGCAACUUGACAUUUGUUAUGCAAUUGUGAAACGGCAACUUCUACGAUUCCAAAGUCCCAUAACAGGAUUGUUUCCUGUACUAUCAACAGAGUUUGAAAUAGGAAGUGUGAGGGAUAGCAUUUACUGUGCUGCAGCUGUUUGGGGUUUAUAUCAAGCAUACAGACGUAUUGAUGAUGACCGAGGUAAAUCACAUGAACUUGGCCAAAGCACAGUAAAGUGUAUGAGAGGCAUUUUGGAAUGUUGGAUCAAACAAGCACCUCGUGUUGAAGCAUUCAAGACAAGGCAAAGUGCUGCCCAUGCAUUACAUGUGAAGUUCCACCUUACUACUGGUGAACCGGUCUUGACUGAUGACCAAUAUCAUCAUUUACAAAUUGAUGUUGUGUCACUGUAUCUACUAUUUCUUGUCCAGAUGAUAACAUCUGGCCUACAAAUUAUAUACACUCAGGAUGAAGUAGCAUUUGUACAGAAUCUUGUGUACUAUGUUGAACGAGCAUAUAGAACACCAGACUAUGGAAUGUGGGAGCGUGGAUCUAAAUACAAUGAUGGAAAACCAGAAAUCCAUGCAUCGUCAAUAGGUAUGGCCAAGGCGGCUCUAGAAGCCAUUAAUGGUUGUAAUUUAUUUGGUGAUAAGGGUGCAUCUUGGAGUGUUGUCUAUGUCGACAUUGAUGCUCACAAUCGUAACAGGAGUAUAUUUGAAACAAUGCUACCAAGGGAGUCUAGUUCGAAAGGAGUAGACGCUGCUCUUCUUCCGACCAUAUCAUUUCCAGCUUUUGCCACUCAUGAAGAACAUUUGGUCCAACUCACCAAAACAAACAUAGUAAGACGUUUGCAAGGGAAAUAUGGUUUUAAACGUUUUAGUCGUGAUGGUUACAAAUGUGUUCUCGAAGACCCGGAUAGAAGAUAUUAUCACGAAGGGGAAUUGAAAAACUUUGAUGGUCUAGAAUCAGAAUGGCCGCUCUUCUAUGUCAUGAUGAUUAUUGAUGGCGUAUUUAGAACUUUACCCGACCAAGUUGAAGAGUUUCAGAAGCUUCUGAAAGCUAGGAUUUUUAUGGACGAACAUGGAGAUCCUGUAAUUCCUUGGUAUUACUAUAUACCCAAAGAAAGUGUUGAAAAUGAACGCAAUGAACCUAACUCAACUUGGAAAGUACCUUCUAGUCACCCUGGUGAUGAAAACAAAGCCGGUUUGUUCCUGUGGGGGCAGUCGCUGUUCGUGCUGGCGCAGUUGCUGACCGGGGGCUUGCUGCACGUGAACGAACUCGAUCCGAUACGAAGGUAUCUUCCAUCCUACAACCGGCCCCGGCGCGCGGGCCGAUAUUCCGCUUUUCAGGGCAUAGCCACGGAUCUGGUUGUUCAAGUGGUACUCAUAGCCGAGUCAAUGCGUCUGCAAGCCAUGAUGGGUACGUACGGUAUACAGACUCAGACACCGCAUGAAGUCGAACCGGUUCAGAUUUGUAGCUCCACUCAAUUAGUUCACGUGUAUAGGGAGUUAGGUGUUUGCAAAAAAUUGAAGCUGACUGGACGUCCCAUUCGACCCAUAGGCUCAUUGGGUACCAGCAAGAUAUACAGAGUAUGCGGUAUGACCGUUUUGUGCUACCCGCUCAUUUUCGAAGUUUCCGAGUUUUAUCUGUACAGAGACAUGGCUUUGCUUAUUGAUGAUAUAAAAACUGAACUACAAUUCGUUGGGAAAUAUUGGCGUCUGUCCGGGCGGCCCACCGUGUGCCUGCUGGUUCGGGAAGAGCACAUGCGCGACCCACACUUUAAACAGAUGUUGGACUUGUUCGCGAUGCUGAAGAAGGGCUAUUGCGACGGAGUCAAAGUGCGCCUAGGGCGAUUACAAAAUUUAAUAUCAAGUUCGUGCAUGGAACAUUUAGACUUUAUGAGCCAAGGGGAUUUCCCGUCGGAAAUGUUUACUCAGUUCAAACAGUUGGAACACGAGUACAUAGGCUAUCAGUCGCUGACAGACGUUCCACGCACUCUAACCUACCGUGAAGAAACAGUGUCCCUUGAAGCGUACAAACACAAGUCUACUCCUGAUGUGGUGGAAGCCCUCAGAACUACUGACAAUAUAUUCGCUCAGUGCCAGUUGUGGGGCAUCUUACUCGAUAGGGAAGGGCCCAUGUAUGAAGUGAAUGGUACAAACGCUUUGGCGGCGUUGAAGUCCCUGUACCACAGCGCGGGCGGGCUGCGACACUGGCGAGCCGUCCGCUACUGCUCCUCCCUACUGAGCCACACCGUCGAUUCCAUCAGCCCCUUUAUCACUACAGUACUAGUUAACGGGAAACAGUUGACCGUAGGAGUGAUAGGACAGAAAGAAACAGUUUUCGACAAACCAAUGACUCCGGGAGAGAUACAAUCCGUAAUGUAUUCUACCAUACAGCCGUAUGACAUCAUAGGCGCAGUAUUGCAACAGGAAAUAGUGUUGUACUGCGGGCGGCUGAUCGGCACGAAUCCGGAUAUCUUUCGUGGCAUUCUGAAGAUCCGCGUGGGCUGGGUGCUGGAGGCCAUCCGGUACUACCUGCAGCUGUUCCCGGGCGAGGCGCGGGCCGCGUGCGUCGAGAGCCUGUCCCCCUACCGCCUGCGCACGCUGCUGCAGCGCGUGCUCACCGUGUCCGACUGGGCCGACGAGCGAGGAUUAACACCACUACAGCGACGUCAACUGGAAGGCUGCCUCUGUCGAGUUCCUAAACAUUUCUACAUACAAGUGUGGGAUAUUUUGCUGCGGACACCUAAAGGAAUUAUUAUUCAGGGCCAGUGUAUCCCAGCCGAGCCGACGCUAGUGAACAUGUCCCGAUCAGAACUGUCGUUUGCUCUGGUAGUGGAAAGCGCCCUCGUAGGAGUGGGAGGGGCGGCGCGGCGGCAGCUGUGCGUGGAGUUGCUGUGCGUGCUCGCCACCAUCCUGCGCCGCAACCCCGAGCUGCGCCUGCAGCACUCGCUGGACCUCGACGCGCUGCUGGACGACGCGCACGCCACCUACCGCAAAGACUGCGGGUCCGACGCCGAGCCCGGGCUCAGCACCGCCACGGCCGCGCUCGCCGCCGGACACCUGGCACGCGCCGUCGUCAACGCCGUGCUGCGCGGCGCCGCCGCUGACCUCGUGCCCGCCGACCGACCCGCCUGUCUCGUCGCCUGAACCAAUCUGUGUGCUUAGUGCGAGUUUUUUAACGUUCUCGAUAGCGUAAAAGUUAGCUCAUAUUUGUAUGGAAUGGGAUCGUUUGCGUACGUUUGCCGCUAGGGGCGCUGUUCCAACUGCAUACAAAAUUGGCUUAACUUUUACGCUAUCGAGAACGUUAAGAAACUCGCACUAAGCACACUGGUUCCGUUCGGACAGACUAUCGACACACUGCAAUUUUAGUACAAGUUCAGGUGUACACAAAUGUGUGAUAUUCAAACGUAAACGCUCACUACUCACUCAUACCGUUUGGUAUUUGUGUUAGUGUAAAACUGCAGAGAAUGUCUCUCAGUGUCAGCCUCUUUCAGACAAGGUGGUACUAUAUAACGGCAUAAGUUGCCAUCAUCUAAGCCAUCGUCGCACAUUUCGUGGAUAAAACUGACGCAAUACAGAUAGUUCCUAUGUUUUAUUAUGUACAAUAUUUUAUACAAUAAAAAUUUGGUAUUUGUGUUUAUACAAGAACACCAAUAUGAAAUUGAAAUAUUUCAAAGGAUUCUAAUUUUUUUAUUGGAAUUGAUUUUGUAUUUAAAUUGUUUAAAAUAACUUCACUAGCAAAAAAUGUGUCAUUAUUGUGUGAAAGAGUUCUUGAGCCGUCUGGUGGUUAUCGUACUGCAUUGAUAUCACUACGUGAAUGCAUGCCGCCACCCACUUGAGACACGCCGAAACCUUGUGUAUUGAAAAAUAGCUGUUCCACUCCAAAAUGAAUUCCAUCACUGCUUCGCGGCAGAAAUAGGCAGGACGAGUGUAUGCUACGUUCAUAUAUACAUAUACUACGAUUCAACCUUAGUUGCACUAUCCAAUGCACAGGACUAAGUAUAUACUAUAUUAAAUAUAAUAUCAACAAUAUCAGUAAUAUCAACUGAUUGAGUUACGUUUGUAAACUACCCACAAGCACGCCUUCCUGUCGAAGAAUCAGGCAAUAGUCAGAUUUAUUUGUUGUCAGAUUAUUUUACGAUAAUUGACUUUUAUUUUAUUUUUGUUAAUUGUACUUUAGCGUUAAUUCGUAAAAAAAUCCCUGUUGAAAGAAAACUAUAUUCCACAUGGACUUGCCAAAAAAAAUGUAUGUAAAGUCUUUAAGUUCAUUAAAAAGGAGAGUGAAGAUGACACAGAUUCCUUUAAAUCUAGUCCAAAAAAGACGAGGGCGUCUAAGGACUGCAAUGGCAAAUUGGUCUCACAUACUAGCAGGGCGCCCUCAAUCAACCUCUAAGCCGACUAUUAAACUUAAAAUCGAAAUACUAAUAUUAUUUUACUAUAAGAAGAAAUGAGAUAGUAAACAUAUUGGAUUUUUUUUUAAAUACUUUUAUAACGCUUUUCCAACACAAAUUCGUUUUGGGGAAUCACAGUGCAUAGUAAAUGAGACCCUCUACAAAUGGAAUGAAUAAUAACGCUCCGCAAUUUUAUAGUUUUAUUGAGUAGAAAAUAACCCAGUAUUUGCAAUAUUGUAUUUUUUCAUAUUUACUUUUAGCCAAAUAGACAACUAAUAAAUUUCAAUCAUUAAAGAUCGCUUUAUGUACGCAUCUCAUAUCGUGCGCGAUUCGUCAUAGCGUCAACAAAUACCAUAUAUAUUUUGAAAUAAGUCUGAUGACUGAAUAUACUUAUCAACGGAGAAUACGUGACGUAUAUAGGUACAAUAAUUGAUAAAUUUACAUUUAAGCAGUCCAUAAACAAACUCGCGUGGGACACGACCUGGCCGUGUGUUACAAAUUGGAUUUUAUCUCUCCUUUUCGUUUUUACGUUACACUGUGAUUGCACGUAAAUUGAGAAUUACAUUGUACAAUUAUGAUUACACAAUUUACACAUUGUGACACAUUGUUGGAACUGAUUUGUCAGCUUCUAAUUAAUCAAUUUCAUAAAUUAUUUGUAAUUAGAGAAAUAUGUUUUAUACCCAUCAAGUUUUUAAAACGAAUCUGCAACGAGACACCAUACUUUUAAGUUGCCAAUGUAUUUUUAGUAUGUUAAGUUUCUUUUUUGAUGUAAAUAUUGUUUUGUAGUGUUGUUAAAAACAUUUUUUCAAGUUGAACUUCAUUAACAAAAUAUAAUUUACUCAAGUCUUCAACAAUAUU